CUGUUUUCUAUUUAGAUUUUGUAUGUGAAUUGAACUAGUUGUUAAGCUUAAAGUUUUAAAGUCCAUAGCGUAAUUUAGCCAAAAUGCAAAGUAUAGGAUGGACGCUGAUUAUGAAACGCGGCUGCCUCUUUAGUUGCCGUAAGGAGACCCUGAACAUAAACGGAUCUCGAUACACAAUCCGUGAAAGGCUGGCGACCGGGGGCUUCAGUCUAAUCGACCUUGGAGAAAACUCCUCUACGCGACGUAGCUACGCCAUAAAGCGCAUCACCUGCCACAGCAUCGAUGACCAGAAUAUAGCUCUGCGAGAAAUCGAAAACUGUCGAAAAAUUGAUUCGGAAAACGUCAUCCAGGUAGUGGAUUAUGAGCUGAAGGGCCAGGCGGACAUAGUUAUAAACACAACGAGCACGUUGUUCAUCGUGCUACCCUAUUAUAAGCACGGAUCUCUUGCGGACCACCUACAGCUGCGAUCACGGAAACAUGACCACAUGCCCGAGGCCCAGAUCCUGCAGAUCUUUCUGGGCGUCUGCGAGGGAUUGAAGGCCAUCCACGAAGCAAAACCGGUGCCUCUGGCCCAUCGAGAUCUGAAAACGGCCAACAUCUGCCUGUCGGACUCGUUUGAGCCUAUUAUUGUGGAUCUCGGGUCCAUGACGGAAGCUCGACUGCAGAUUGUGGGCCAGACGGAUGCCCAGCGGCUGCAGGACGAGGCCGAGGAAAGGAGCUCCAUUGUGUACCGGGCUCCAGAGUUAUUUACCGUGAAAACAUAUUGCACAAUUGACGAGCGCUCAGAUAUCUGGAGUCUUGGUUGUGUGCUCUACGCAAUGUGCUACUUUAAUUCACCCUACGAUCCCAUCUACGAGCGAGGUGACAGCGUGGCUUUGGCUGUGCUUAGUGGGAACAUAAACAUUCCAGAGGAUUCCAUUUACACAGAGGACAUGCACGAAUUAAUAAAAUACAUGCUGCGAACCGAUCCUAUGGAACGGCCAUUCAUUUUCAGUGUUAUCGAAAGGACCCACGACCUGAUACAGAAACUGGAGGGUCGCUUGUAGCUCCCACUAACUGGAUUACAACUCAUUUAUAUGCAUUUCCCCAAACCAGAUACACCGCUUACUGUUUUUUGACUACUUAUUGUAAAAUAUUUUAAACCUGCUGAUUAUUUGAAAUUAUGUGUAAGCAAU